AUGAAUCGAAGUACUUGUCCCCUUGUCAGCACCGCAGCGUCUCUAUCAACAGGUCCAACACCGCCUUCGUCAUCCCGAGCCGGGCAUGUGGGUCUCAGGACGUUGCGUCCAGGGGAGUGUUUGCCAGGCGAGUCAGCCCGAGCACCCUGGCGGCCGGCCAGCCAGACGCUGCAGAUGUUGUUUUUACUGGGGAAGGGGUGGGAAUUGUCGGUGGAGAGGCUCGCGAUAACGCAACUGCGGCAUUUUAUCGGGGCUCCAGUGUUUUUUCCUCGUCGUGUCUCCAGCUGUGCAGCAGCGGCAGGGAACCGUCGCAACAGACUCCCUCGCAAUGGUGAUGGAGUCGUUGAGAGGCAGGAUGACGAUUAUCGGUGGAGCCCAGGAGCGGCGUGA